AUGUCUGGCAAUUCUUUCUCUGAUGGAAGCCAGUCUUCUGGUUUCUAUUAUGGUGGUAAUGGUGGCCGUGGAGGUAAGUGUUCCUCGUAUCCUUCUACCUGCCUGAUCUCGAGGAUUUCGCGGAACUGAUCGCUCGUGUAGAUAGCGAAACUGGUACCAGCGGUACCCCAAACGGAAGCCAGUUGCUUAAUACUUUCGUCGUCGGUGGUGGAGUUGAUCUGGGUAAGUUUUCUGUGGCGAUCCUAUAUCCUUGAGCUAGGAACCUGGACUAUCAGGUCUUGGAUGUGUAUGAGCUGAUGUUUUGGUAGCUGGUAGUUCUGUUGGUACUGCUGUAAAGGCUGAAUACUUAUCUCCUGGUGGAGGCCAGUUUGCCAGCCCCAUUUCUGGUAUUUGUAGUGGAUGUGAGUCUUCUUUCCAGUCUUACCUUUGAACUUGGGGAUUUUACGAGCUUGGAUUUCGCUAAUUAUGUACUAGUUGCAGAUCAUACUGGGGGAGGCUUUCAUGCUAUUGGUAAUGCCUUGGUUGGCGGUAACAAUGUUGGUAAGUCCACUACCUUCCCGUCAAUGUAUGUAUAGGGAGUAGGCAGACACUUCCCAGAGAAGCAAUUCGGUUCCUGAAUAAAAGGGGCUUCGAGGCUCCACCGCUCCAAGGAGUGGCUACACACCAGGCAAAGAUCCAAUGGUCUCUGACAUUCCCUGUUUUCAUAGGCUACGAUCAAGUUAUCGCAUUUACUGGAGGAACCCAACCUGCUCAACCAGAUACACGACCGCAUCUCCAGAUGAAUAGACAAGCCGAAGUAGUUGGAGAAUCUCAGACUUAUCAAGAAGCCACUCAGCACCGACACGAAACCUAUGCACUCCCCGAUCAUGCUAACAAUGUUCAACUUGGUGAGAAGCAUCCGGUCGUUCUCCAACUGGGCGAGCAUUCCAAGGUUGCUUGCCGCCCCAUUGAGGGAGUACUUAAGUUCGACGUCACUAUUGGAUAUGCAAGUCGUAAGUUACUCCUCUCCCUGUAAAAGUCACACCAAAUCGGUCAGGUUUAGUAAUCAAAAAAACAGUCAUUGAGGCUUUGAAUGAUCUUGUCAACCCAAAUGAUGCUGGUGCUCGGGCAGGUAUGUUUUGCAACAGCUCCUACAAAACCGUAUGUCACGAGGGGUCUAAAUAAGAAGCAGCAUAUCACCAAGUCCUUGGAGGUCUUACAAAUGCUUCUAACAUUCCGAAACCUACUAGUGAGUUCGUCCCAUAUUUCCCUCUAUUUCCUCUCCAACAACACCAAAGAAAGAACAACCCUAACGCGACAUAGCCCAAGACGCCAUCGCCACCAUAGAAGCAGCCAUGAAGUACCUCAAAAACGAGUACGACGCCACCCAACGAACUCGCGCCAUCACCGCUCUCCUCUAUCGUACCGAGGUCCAAAAUAUGACCAACGCAACACUUUCUCAAACCGCCGCCGCCAAAGAGCUUAUCACAGACUUUGAAGAACAAACGAUUUUGUGUAAUAUUACCUUGAAGCGUUUCAAGGAGCUGUGCGAACGUAUGAAUGAUGUCCUUGGGUACCGUGAGAUGUACCAUCAGAACGCUAUUCGUGAUAAGGAUAUGCUUGAGAAGGCACUUGUGGGGUUGGGACUUUUGGGGUUGUCUGAUUUGGAAGAGAAGAUGGGGAUGGGGGGUUUGUUCUGA